AUGUCCAGACUCGACGCCCACGCUCUGCUGACCUCUCAAGGGUGGCGAGGAAGAGGGCAUUCUCUCCAUCCGACCAGCGACGACACCGGUCUCAAGCACCACAUCCUGAUCAAACGCGAAGGCAGCGAUGGCCGCGGACUCGGCUCCAAGAAAGAUCACAAGGCCGAGGCUUGGUGGCUCAAUGCCUUUGACCAAGCGCUCAAGGGCAUCGAUACAACUUCCGGAUCCAUGAAACAGACGGUUGGCGGCGGCAAGCUGGACAUAGAAAAGAUCACGGCAAGGGGAGCAAAGAAAUACACUGGUACCCGGGGGCUCUACACGUGCUUCGUCAGCGGCGGACUCUUGAGGGGAACAGUCGACCAGGUUUCUGGGUUAUUGACACCGCCUGACAGCGGAGCCGGCACACCUGCUGCAGAGGAGAGGCAACAAGAAACGAAAGAGGAAAGGCGAGCACGGCGAGAGGCAAAGAAGAUGAGGAAAGCUGAAGAAGCUGCAAAGGCUGCAGCUGCCGAGAAGGCCAAGCUGAAGGCGGAGAAAAAGAAACAGAAGAAGGCUGCCAAAGAGGCAGAAAAGGCUGGCGAGACUAAAGAGCAGCGAAGAGCAAGGAGAACACUGAGACGGGCACGAAAAGAGGAAAAGCGGCGGAAAGCCAGUACUGGUUGA